GCUGGACAACCUCUAGCUACAGUCAUCUUGCCUCAAGUUGGAGCAGAGAGUCACAUUUGCGGGAAAGGUGUACACUAGAUAUUUCAUCAUGGCUUGUGGUGGUUUUGUUUGCUCAAAAACUUCUCUUUGUAUCUUGAACCUUAUUUAUGUGAUGGUCAGUCUUCUAAUGAUCAGUGUUGCAGCAUGGGGCAAAUGGUUUGGACUAGUGUCUAGUUUCAGCGUGAUGGCUGCUGUCAUCGCAGUUGGAUUUUUUCUCUUCGUCGUGGCUAUUGUGGGAUUGUGUGGGGCUGUAAAGCAUCAUCAAGUCCUCUUGUUCUUUUACAUGCUCGUUCUCUUUCUGGUAUUCGUCUUGCAGUUUUCAGUAUCAUGUGCCUGCUUAGCUAUUAGUAAAGAACAGCAGAACCUUCUCCUGGAGAUAGGAUGGAAUAAGUCUGAAUCAAUGCAGAAGGAUUUGGAAAGAUCAUUGGAUUGCUGUGACUUCCUUCAAGUUAACUACAAUGAAUUAUGUGAUGCUGCCUGUUUCAAUGAACAAAAAUGCACACCGUGUUCAGAAAUAAUCCAGGCCUAUGCUGACGACGCUCUGCAUUUUGUUGGAGGAAUCAGCCUGUUUUUCAGUUUUACAGAGAUUCUGGGCGUCUGGCUCGCAUAUAGAUACAGGAACCUGAAAGAUCACCGGCAAAAUCCUGGUGCUUUCAUAUAGAGCACAAUGAUUGUAAAUCAAAGGACAAACAUUUCCUGCUUUAUACAUCAAACAGUAAUGUCAUUGCAGUAAGCUCAUUUGCUCUCUAGACGCUCAGUAAU